AAACCAGCUUUUAAAAAGCUACUUACAGCACUGUAUGAUUGUAGCAACAGCUAAAGCUUAAACCAAAGCCACCCUUUCUUCAUUCUCUCUCUCUCUCUCUCUCUCUCUCUGCGGCGCACGUAGCAGCAGCCAUGGCGUCGCUGUCUGCAUCACUCUCCCACUUCUCUCGCAUUUCACUUUCUCUCCAACACGAUAACAACAACAAGAUCCCUCAAUCUCAAUGCCAUCAUUUCCUCCUCUCCCGCCGUUUCAAUUCUCUCCGAAAGGGAAUUACGUUACCUCGGCAAACAAAGUCACCGAGAAAUGGGAUAUGUGCUUCAUUUACAGAUGUUUCGCAGAACGUGGCUGUGGAAGAAAAAGGGCUGCAAAAAGGAGAAUCUUGGUCUGUUCAUAAAUUUGGUGGAACAUGUAUGGGAAGCUCGCAAAGAAUAAAGAAUGUUGGAGACAUAAUUCUUAAUGAUGAUUCAGAGAGGAAAUUGGUGGUUGUUUCUGCAAUGUCUAAGGUGACGGAUAUGAUGUAUGAGCUUAUCAACAAGGCUCAGUCGCGUGAUGAGUCUUAUAUAUCUUCCUUAGAUGCUGUUUUGGAGAAACAUAGCUCAACUGCAUAUGAUAUACUUGAUGGAGAGAAUCUCGCUAUUUUCUUGUCUAAAUUGCAUGAAGACAUCAACAACCUUAAAGCAAUGCUUCGGGCAAUAUACAUAGCUGGUCAUGCGACAGAAUCCUUUGCAGAUUUUGUUGUAGGACACGGGGAAUUAUGGUCUGCCCAAAUGUUGUCUCUAGUUAUCAGGAAGAAUGGAGCUGAUUGCAAAUGGAUGGAUACAAGGGAAGUCUUGAUUGUAAAUCCUACUAGUUCUAAUCAAGUUGAUCCUGACUUGGAAUCUGAGCAAAGACUUGAGAAAUGGUACUCUCGGAAUCCAUGCAAGGUAAUCAUUGCUACUGGGUUCAUUGCAAGCACACCUAAAAAUAUUCCUACUACACUGAAGCGAGAUGGAAGUGAUUUCUCGGCAGCAAUUAUGGGUGCUCUGUUUAAAGCUCGUCAGGUCACAAUUUGGACAGAUGUUGAUGGUGUUUAUAGUGCAGAUCCUAGAAAAGUUAGUGAGGCUGUGAUUCUGAAGACAUUGUCUUAUCAAGAGGCAUGGGAAAUGUCUUACUUUGGAGCUAAUGUUUUGCAUCCCCGCACAAUAAUUCCUGUGAUGCGAUAUGGCAUACCCAUAUUGAUAAGGAAUAUCUUCAACCUUUCUGCUCCUGGGACAAAGAUAUGUCAUCCUUCUGUUAGUGAUAAUGAAGAUAAGAUGAACCUGCAAAAUUAUGUCAAAGGAUUUGCAACAAUAGACAACUUGGCACUUGUAAAUGUUGAGGGAACUGGAAUGGCUGGUGUUCCAGGUACAGCCAGUGCUAUUUUUGGUGCAGUAAAAGAUGUUGGAGCUAAUGUUAUCAUGAUAUCUCAGGCUAGUAGUGAGCAUUCUGUAUGCUUUGCUGUGCCCGAGUCGGAAGUAAAAGCUGUUGCCGAGGCAUUGCAAUCAAGAUUUCGCCAAGCUUUGGAUAAUGGGCGUCUUUCUCAGGUUGCAGUUAUCCCGAAUUGUAGCAUUUUGGCUGCUGUUGGCCAGAAAAUGGCAAGCACUCCUGGAGUUAGUGCCACCCUUUUCAAUGCAUUGGCUAAGGCCAGUAUAAAUGUCCGUGCUAUAGCACAAGGCUGUUCUGAGUAUAAUAUUACUGUUGUUGUUAAGCGAGAGGAUUGUAUAAAAGCUUUACGGGCUGUCCAUUCCAGAUUUUAUCUCUCAAGAACCACCAUUGCAAUGGGCAUUAUUGGACCAGGAUUAAUUGGGAGCACACUUCUUGAUCAGCUAAGGGAUCAGGCUUCAAUUCUGAAAGAAGAAUUUAACAUUGAUUUGCGUGUAAUGGGUAUAAUUGGCUCAAAGUCGAUGCUUCUCAGUGAUGCGGGUAUUGACUUAGCAAGGUGGAAAGAACUUCGUGAGGAAGAAGGAGAGGUGGCUAAUUUGGAAAAAUUUGCUCAGCACGUGCAUGGAAAUCAUUUUAUACCAAACACGGCAAUAGUAGACUGCACAGCUGAUCCUGGCAUUGCUGGCCAUUACUAUGAUUGGUUGCGCAAAGGAAUACAUGUAAUUACCCCCAAUAAGAAGGCAAAUUCAGGACCGCUUGAUCAGUAUUUGAAGUUAAGAGCUCUUCAGAGGCAAUCAUAUACUCACUACUUCUAUGAAGCUACUGUUGGAGCUGGUCUUCCCAUUGUCAGCACUUUGCGUGGCCUCCUUGAAACUGGAGACAAAAUUUUGCAAAUUGAAGGCAUAUUCAGUGGGACUUUGAGUUACAUCUUUAAUAACUUCAAAGAUGGACGGGCGUUUAGCGAGGUAGUUGGUGAAGCAAAGGAAGCAGGUUUUACUGAGCCUGAUCCAAGGGAUGAUCUGUCUGGAACAGAUGUUGCUAGAAAGGUGAUAAUUCUUGCAAGGGAAUCUGGUUUAAAGCUAGAACUGUCUAAUAUUCCAGUUGAAAGUCUAGUGCCAGAACCACUACGAGCGUGUGCAUCAGCUCAGGAGUUUAUGCAACAGCUACCAAAAUUUGACCCGGAGUUUGCAAAGAAACAAGAAGAGGCUGAUAAUGCUGGGGAAGUAUUGAGAUACGUAGGAGUGGUGGACGUGACAAAUCAAAAGGGAGUUGUAGAACUACGAAGAUACAAGAAGGAUCACCCAUUUGCACAACUGUCUGGGUCAGAUAAUAUAAUUGCAUUCACAACAAGAAGGUAUAAGAAUCAACCUCUGAUAGUUCGUGGGCCAGGAGCUGGUGCUCAAGUCACAGCAGGUGGAAUAUUUAGCGAUAUUUUACGACUUGCUUCAUAUCUAGGUGCUCCAUCAUAGAUAUCAUUCUACCACCACAAAUUUUGUAUCGUCUAUGUUCCUCUCGAGUUGCUUGGUAGGUUAUUUGCUUGUUGUAAUGUUAUAACAGUGUAUGCUAGCAUGUUUCUCUUGUAUAAGGGGAAUAAAACAUGUCUCCAUUAAUCUUGUUUGGGAGUUGCACUGUAAAUUAGCAUACAGAAACGUUAUAAUUUAGACCUAUCUAGCAAUUGUUGGUCGGUAUGGCCUCUAAAA